UAUUUUUCUUGGGUGUCUAAAUGUAGUUAUAGUAGAAUGUUCGUCGAGCGUAUAUUGUUGAUUGUGAUCUCUUUCGGUAAUAAAGUUUUCCCCGGAGCCUCCGGCGAAAAUGUGGAAAUCCGGAAAAUUGCUGCAGACAAGGGUACUAAUGUAAGCCUACCUUGCGGAGGUUUAUUAACUCUGCCUGCCCCGAAUUUACAAUGGGUGCACAGAGGUAACCGAACACAUCAUGAAAUACUGAUCGACGGUAGCUUGUUUUUAGCCAACUUGGAUGUGGAGGAUGCCGGGCUGUACGAGUGUGGAAUAGAGAAUGAGACGUCAUUAGUCGACAGAUUCAAUCUUACAGUGCGCACCGAACCACCACCUCUUGUGAACGUCACCGUCCACGCUUCUACCAUCCUCGCGUUGAUCCUGUGGAAAGUGGCAGGCGAUGGAGGCCACCCCAUCAUCGACUUCACCGCGCAGUACCGCUCGGCAGCACCCAAAGAUGGCGCUCUGGAACCAUGGAAGCCCAUAAGUCCCAACCAUAUAAGUCCAAAUUCGCGCCAGAUUGACGUGUACCACCUGGAACCGAACGCGUCAUACUGGUUCAGGGUGUGGGCCAACAACAUGCUGGGCCCCGGGCCACCGGUCGAGGUGCUGGCCACAACACUCUUCAGAGACCAGGAGGCAGAGCUGUACAAGCACUUCCUGGAGGGCGCGGAGUCGUUCGACACGCGCACGUGGGUGGCGGCGGUGUGCGUGGUGCUGGGCACGCUGGCGCUGCUGGCCGCCGGCACGUGCGCCGUGCUGUGCCGCGAGUGGCGCCGCCCAGAAUAUGGCGAUGAGCAAGACGUAAUAGAACUAGUGCCUAACAUAAUCCUGAAUCCUGGCUUCAUGGAGUCCGACCCGGUACGGCCCCGGGAGACAUAUGCGGCUUCAAUUAUCAAAUCAACGGAGUGCCCCGGCCCUGGGAAACCGAGACGAGUCUGA